AUGGAGUUGUGCACUCAAACCGUUGCGGCUGAUGAGGUUAUUACACGUCGUUCUGCCAAACAUCAUCCUACUGUGUGGGGAGAUCAUUUUCUUGCAUAUGCUUAUCUCUUGGGAGCCAAUGAACAGGAAGAGAAGCAACAUGAAUACCUAAAAGAAGAAGUGAGAAAGAUGUUAGUGAAGGCUCCUUCAAAAUCUUUGCAAAAGAUUGAUCUGAUCAAUACAACCCAACGUCUUGGAAUAGAUUGUCAUUUUGAACGUGAGAUCGAGGAAUCAUUGAGUUACCUCUAUGCCGGUUAUGAAGAAUGGAUUGGUGAAGUUGAUGCAAGUUAUAACCUUCAUGAUAUUGCUUUAAGCUUUCGAUUACUUAGGCAACAAGGUUAUUGUGCUUCAUGUGAUGUUUUUAGGAAGUUCACUGAUGGUCAAGGAAAUUACAAGAAAGCAUUAGUUGAGGACGUGCAAGGAAUGUUGAGCUUGUAUGAGGCAUCACAAUUCAGAGUACAUGGUGAACAAAUUCUGGAUGAAGCAGUGAAUUUCACUACCGUCCAAUUGAAACUAAUUUUGCCAAAAUUGAGUAACACUCUUGCACGGCAAGUCAGUAGUGCACUGAAGUUUCCGAUCAAAGAUGGUAUAGUGAGGGUAGAAACGAGGAAAUACAUAUCAUUUUACCAAGAAAACGAAUCACGUAAUGAAGUAUUACUAAACUUUGCCAAAUUGGACUUCAACAUCUUGCAAAGGUUGCAUAAAAAGGAGCUAUGUGAUAUCACAAGGUGGUGGAAAGAAUUGGAAAUGCCUAAGACAUUACCUUAUGCAAGAGACAGAGUGGUUGAGUUAUACUUCUGGAGUUUAGGUGUCUACUUUGAGCCCCAGUAUAACGUUGCCAGGAAAAUAUUAACAAAAGUUCUAUGCUUUUGUUCUAUUAUGGAUGACACUUAUGAUACCUAUGGGACACUAAAGGAACUUACUCUCCUCACAGAAGCAAUUGAAAGGUGGAACAUUGAUGCUUCAGAACAUUUACCGCCAUAUAUGAAGAUUAUUUACCGUGCCCUUCUAGAUGUUUACAAUGAAAUAGAGAACGAGUUGGCAAAUGAAAACAAGUCAUUUCUAGUCAACUAUUCCAUAACUGAGAUGAAGAAAUUGUUGAGGGCUUACUUUCAAGAGGCAAAAUGGUAUCAUGAGAAGAAUAUCCCAACAGUGGAGCAGUAUGUUAAGAAUGGAACUCCAUCAAGCACUUACCAAUUGCUUGCAACUACUUCUUGGUUAGGCAUGGGAGAAGUAGCAACUAAGGAUGCAUUUGAUUGGAUAGCAACUGAACCUCUAAUACUUGUUGCUUCCUCUAUCAUUGCAAGAUUACUCAAUGAUCUUGUAACACAUGAGAUAGAACAGGAAAGAGGGGAUGCAGCUUCUGGCAUCGAAUGUUAUAUAAAAGAAUACGGUGUCACAAAGGAAGAAGCACACAGGGAGAUGAAGAAAGUGAUAGAGAAUUGUUGGAAGGAUUUGAAUCAAGAAUACCUCAAACCUACCGUCAACAUACCAAAAGUUUUGCUCAUGCCUAUAAUCAAUCUUACAAGGGUGUCAGAGUUCAUAUAUAAAGAUGAAGAUGCUUAUACCUUUUCCAAAAAUAACUUGAAAGACAUCGUCUCUAUGGUGCUAAUUGAUCCAAUUAUAGCAUGA